AUGCAAGAGACCGCGGAGGAGCACGAUGCGCUCGUACCACUGCUUCAGCAGACUGCAAUGGCUUUUCGUGAAGGAAACCGCCUAGCGAUGAAAGAUGGUCUCCAGGAGAUACUCGAGGAGAUGAGGGCCAAGGAGCUUUGGAAAGGCGAGCGGGCCUCGCGCGCAUCCUUCUUGGACGGCGCCGCAUCGAAAGAGUUGGGGGUGGACAGCAUGACCACCUGGCUUUGCCGGAUGCUGAUGAAGGAGGAGCUCGCAAGCCUUGCAGAAGAGCUGAUUGAGGAGAUCUCCGCAGCCAAGAAGGAAGAGGUCCUCCGAGUCCCUUUGGAUUUUGGAGGAGCUUUUGGGGAGGAGCUCUUAAUCUCCGUGGGCAGUCACGUGUUGGAUUGGACCAUGGCCGAUGGGCGCUUCAUUUGGCAUGGCACGACCUGCACCCUGAAACUCUUGCGCUCCGAAAUCGCAGAGGAACUUCCCAGGCUACAGGUGGCUGUGAUUCUGGAGUUGGGCUGUGGACUGGGCGUGGUUGGCUUGGCUUGUGCUCGUGCCGGCGCGAGAAAAGUCGUGCUUACGGAUUAUGACAAGGAGCUGCUUUCUGCCUGUGAGCGUUCUAUAGUCUUGAACUCCUUGGAGCAUCGAGUUUCGACAUUGCAUCUGGAUUGGAACUCUGUCAGUUCAGGGCUGCUUCCGGAAGAUCUCAUGAGCGACACCAUCGAUAUUGUCAUAGGAGCUGACAUCAUCUACGAUGCAGACCACGCUCAAAGCGUGCUGGGCGCUCUUUGCCACUUCUUGCAAAGUGGUAGGGCGAAAGCUGCCAUCCUCAUCACCGGGGAGCCGGACCGGCGCCAGGGUGUGAAGCAGUUGGAUGAGUCUCUGGGCCUUGAAGAGCCCUUGAGGGAGCUGGGACCCCUCAGGGGCCAGAAAGAGCAAGUCUCCUGGACACUGGAGCGCUUGCCGGGGGAAGAAAGGAGCCAUCGCCUCUACAGCUUCCAGUCGCUGCCCUGA